AUGACGUCGAGCGACACGGCUGGCCACCGCGAACUCGUUCGCUUCCUGGAAGCACUGCAGUCGGUGAAGUUCGACACGCUGCCGUGCGCCGCUGUUCCAGCGACGAUGCGGGAACGCGCGGAGCUGCGUCCCUUUCAGCUGCAGGCGCUCUACUGGCUGCUGUUGCGUGAGCAGCCGCCGCUUCUUUGCGCGCGGGCAGCGCACGUGGACACCGGCUCGCCCAUCAUGACGAAGGAGGUGACGCGCACUAUCGACAGCGGCGCCGUCAGCUGCGGCGAUGAGGAUGGCGUGAGUUACGCUGGCAGCAGUGGUGCUGGUGGCGGCAGCGGCCGUGGCGGAGGUGGAGGCUUGGGGAAGGGCGAUGACUUUGAUGCGGAGAGCUCGUGUACGGCAUCGUCCGCCUCUCGUGCUCUGACAACUACAUUGUGCCCUCCUUCUACAGAUGCUGCCGCCCGCACUCCCAACGGCGGCGCAGAGGGCGAUACCAGCAUGUCCAUGAGAGGGCAGGAGAUGACAUGCACCGUGCGUGGCGGUGUGUUCGCCGACUACAUGGGCCUAGGUAAGACGCGCACGCUUAUCGCGUUGUGCGAGACGACGCGGGCCCCACGCAUCGAUCGCGUAACCGGCUCAUUGGUGGAGUCGACGGCGACGCUCAUUGUUUGCCCGACCUCCCUCCUCACGCAGUGGGUGCGUGAGAUACACCACUGCGUGCAGCGGCCUGCCGCGGCGCCGCUACGCAUUCUCGUCUACUACGGAGCUCGCAAGCGCCACCUCAGCCUCUUCCAGGUGGCGCAGUCCUACGACUACGUCCUGACCACGUACCAGACGCUCUGUCAAAGGCAGCCACCCGCCUCCCGCUUCGGCCCUACGCAUGUCAACAGAGGGGCCACGAGGAGCGGAGGCCUCUCCCCGGAGAUGGCCGCUGACUUUUCCGACGUGGACGAUUUCGACGUUGACCGGCGGCUGCAGACGGAGGUGGACAAGCUCUUCAUGAUCCGGUGGGGUCGCAUCAUCCUGGACGAGGCCCACUACAUCCGCAACAUGCGCACACAUCAGAGUCGCGCGUGCCUCAAACUCAGUGGCGUCUGCCGCUGGGUCGUGACGGCGACGCCAGUGCUGAACAGUCUCAACGACCUCUAUCCUCUCCUCCGCUUCCUCACCGUGCCGCAUUUCAGCUCGCUUGUGUGGUGGAACAGCGAAAUUGUUCGCUACUUUAACAUCGACCCGCUCCAUCCGCGCCCCGUCACGGCGCUCAGCAUCCUGUUCGGCUCGAUCUUGCUUCGCCGCACGCCGGACUCCAUUGUGGAUGGGAAGCCCAUACUGGAGCUGCCGCCAAAGCGGGCGAUCACCUACACUGUGGGCCUGUCGCGCGAGGAGAUGCGCUUCUACCAGUCGAUUCACGCCAAGGCAACCGAAAAGCUAAACGCACUGCGCGACCGUGAGGCGUACGCGGCCCGCACGCCGCUGGCCACCUUCACGACUGCCUUCGAAAUGCUUGUGCGCUGUCGGCAAACGUGCCUGCACCCGUACAUCGUGGUGGCGGCUCUCCGCCGGUGUCACCGUCUGCCGGGUGCAGAGGCCGGCCGCGGCGCCAACGCUGCGCCGGAUGGGAUCGACCGCGGCUCUUCUGCCGCCAACGGUGCGAGCAGCGAGGCGGCGCGGCAGCAGCGCGAGGAGGAUCAGCAGACGGCGCGCGCCAUCGAUGAGUUUAUUCAGACGGUGGUCCUUCGCCGGCUGCGCACCAUCAAAGCCCGGGAGUUUGUCCAGUCCCUCAUCGAGGAGAUCAAGCACCAGAAGUUGGAGUCGCGCGAGUGUAUCAUCUGCCUCGAAACAGUGAACCGUCCUGCGAUUUUGCCCUGUGCGCACGUCUUCUGCGAGGAGUGCAUCAGGCACGCUUUGCAGGCAACACGGCGGUGCCCGCUGUGCAAGCGCAACUCAAAGGCGUCGGAGCUGCUGCUGGUUCCGGUAGAGCUUUUAGACCGCACGGCGCAGCAGCCGAACACGUCUGCGGGCGGAGGUGACCGCGCUGGCGAUGGCGGGACGAGUGCAGCCGGGCCGGCGCCCGAAGUGCUGCUGCAUUUGGAUCUAACCGACAUGAACAACUGGAGCCUGCAGCUGAGCUCAAAGACGCAGUACCUGAUCGACACGAUCCGUUCUCUGCCGGUGGAGGACAAGGUGGUCGUGUUCAGCACCUUCCUGACGUACCUUCGCUGUGCGCAGCACUGGCUGCAGGCGGCUGGGGUGUCGUGCGCACUUUACAGCGGGUCGAUGACGAUGAAACAAAGACAGUCCUUGCUGGAGCUCUUUCACGACGCGGCUCGGCCAGGCUCGCCGCGCGUGCUUCUCGCCACGAUCAGCAGCUGCGGUGUCGGACUGAACCUGACCUGCGCCAACCACUGCUUCCUGAUGGAGCCGUCGUGGAACCCUGGCACGGAGGAGCAGGCGCUUAACCGCAUUUAUCGUAUUGGCCAAACCAAGCCGGUCACCUUCACGAAACUCAUCGCCGAAGGCACGAUCGAGCAGAACAUCAGCCAACUCUGCGAGCGGAAGCGCGCGCUGAGCGGGUAUUGCUUUAGCAGCAGUGUGGCAAGCGCGGCCCCCGCUGGGGGCGGCGGGGAUGGGCGACUGCGCACAGCCGAUUUGCUGGAGCUGUUCGCACCUGAGAAGUCGAGUGAGAGCAGCGACGAUGACGACAGUAGCGAGGAGGACGACGAGGCAGAGAGAGAAUAG